GAAACAUUUUGGAUUUGGCGUUACGCUAUGAUUUGCUGCACUACUGCGGUACGAAACACUGACGUUUUUGCAUUCAACAAUUAUCCUACCUAAUGAUGAAUGAUUAUGUCAAUAAUAUUGAACCAGAGAACACAAAGUAUUCGUUAUUUCAGUCACAUUCAAGAUCAUGUACUGCUAUGGAAACCGAAGUGGAGAUAACAGCCAUGUGUUCAUUUUCAGACUUACUGUUUAUUGGAACAAGCAAGGGUUUAGUAUCCCAGUUAAUUAUUCAAGAGUUGUAUGACGAUAAAACAUCAUUUUGUUUCAGUAAUGUUCUAUCAAGGAGAAUAUUUACCAAACCGAUUUCAAGGCUUGAAACUUCUUCCAAAAAAACUACACUUUCUAUUUUCAGUGAUGAAAAUCUUAUCUUAUGUAACGCUGAAAAGCUUGAGAUCAUAAAUUUUAUUCCAUCUUUUAAAGGUGUUUCAUCAUUCCAGUUGUGCUCUUUCGAUGAUGAGAAAGAGAAGCUGUGCAUAGGAUUUAAAUCGGGUUUAAUCCAACUACAUCAUAUUUUUGUAUCGACAUGUAUGCUUGUUUUUGAGACCAAGUUAACAGAAGUAUCACUGUCUCUUUGCAUCUCACCACAAUUUUUAUGUGUCGCAUCGGACAGUAGUUACAUAUCAAUAAAUUUACGUACAAACGUUACUACAGAGUUAUUACGCUCAGUAAAAGAACCAGUACGAAAUUACAUAGCUUAUUUUACUCAGAAUGAAUUUAUUGUUUCUGGUCCAGGAUCAUUGGGUAUUAUUGUCGAUGCUAAUGGUGUAUCUCACCGUGCACCACUUCAGUUAUCAUCAAAUAUAGUAGAAGUUUUUGUGUGGAAAAAUUAUUUCUUCACUAUUACUGACGAAUUUUUUACCAUUCACAACAUCUUAACACAAUCCCAGAUACAAACAAUAAAUCUUCAAAAGCCAUCUGUAGCUUGUUUUUCUGCUGACGCUCAUUUGUUAUACUUUACUGAAACAUCUGACUUUAAUACUGAUACCGCAUCCAUCAAAAAUAUUCAAGUCUUAGGACCAGAACGUUGGGAUUUGAUUGCACGCAGGUUCAUCUUAACCGGUUGUCUUAAACAAGCUUUUCAUGUACAACAACAGGAACGAAAUCGUCUUACUCAAGUCAUGCAGUCGCAAGUUGAGAAAUUCAAACAUGAACAACAAUUAUUCGAUAAGAGACGUCAACGAGUACUUGGACUUUUAGGAUUUUAUCAUUUCGAAAAGGGUGAACUAGAUAAAGCAGCUUCCUACUUUGAACAAAGCACAAUAGACAUACGUGAAAUCCUUUUCCGGUAUUCCGAUCUCUUGCCAAAAGGUUGUUAUUUUAUGCCUAAUUGGUUCUACAAACUGCAUCAGACCAAUCCGGAACCUAGUCAUGACAAUAACAACGGUGAUACUCAAACAUCUGGAAUUAAUUUAACUAGUGAUUUGUGCAUUUUAAGAGCUGCAGAAGAUUCAGACAACGAUGAUCAUGAUCUAAUAAUUAGUUCAUCAUGGUUAUUAAGAUAUCAAGAAUUCCUUUUCAACUUUUUGCGUAAACAUCAUAAAAGUAAAUUUGUUGAGAAGUAUUUACAUUUUGUAGAAACUGCCUUAGUUAAACUGUACGUUCGAUUACAACAGGCUGGUAUUCAACCAUAUCUCUAUGAAUUAAUCAUUGAUACAACGUCUUCUAGUGAUUCUCGGUCAGGUGAAAGUGGUCUCACUAAGUCAACUAGUAAUAGUGAUCAAGGUUUAGUUGAUCUGAUUUCAAGCUUGAUACACAUUGACGUGGAAGAUUUAACUGUCUACUUAGAAAAUAAUAAUGCCUACCAUGCUUUGGCGCUUAUUUAUCGUUGGCAAGGUAACCUUUCAGGUGCAUUGGAAAUAUGGCGAAAACUAGUUUACAAUGAGCUAAAUGAUUCAAGUUUUCCAGGAGUAGAAUUUUAUAUUUCUAUACUAUUGGACCUAUCCGCGCAUGAUCCAACUGACUCUCAGAAACAAUCACCUUAUAAGGGAGUGGCUAUUCAUUCAUCAAGUGAUGUAAAUUAUGAAUUUUCUGUCUAUGCCGAAUUAGUAUGGAAUCAUUUUAUGCAAGCUUUAAGAACUAAUCAUGAGGUUAUAGCUGAACAGCUCAUGCUGCGCUUUCCUAUUCCCUCAAGUUAUAUUAAUUCAUCAUGUGAAUUGUCUAUUAUUAGUGACAGUACAAUCGAGACUUCUUUGGAAAGUAGCCUUGCGCCAUCCCAAAUUUUAUCACCUAAUCAUAUUAUUCAAAGUCUUAUUUCUUCAUAUCCAAAUAUGACAAUGACUUAUUUGAAACAUUUAUGUUCUUCUCUUCCCAAUUGUCACCCAGAAAAUCAUAAUCUGUUAGGCAAACUUUAUUUAAAUACUCUAUUAAUGAAGUUAAAAAGCACUGACAAUUUAUUUGAUGAUGACAUGAAAAAACGAAUUCGUGAACUGAGAACUGAAUUUUGCCAACUAAUCCGUUAUUCGUUAUUGAUAUCACAUAAAACAUUACUGGACCGUUUACAUAAUGAGAGUGUUGAAGUUCAAAAGAAAUUAGCUUAUGAAAUAGCGAUUCUUGAGGGAAAGGCCAAUAAUCAUAUGAAAGCUUUAAAAUAUCUUAUUGAAGAUAUAAUUGAUUAUAAAGCCGCAUUGUACUAUUGUCUUACAUUCAGCCGUCAACAACCUAUUCAUUAUAGCGCACGUAAAAAUGAUACUAAUGUACAAUGUAAUACAAUAGCAGUAAAUUCACUUGAUAAUUGUCAUUAUUUGAACCAGUUUGAAUUGAUGGAAGGUGAUUCUAACAAUCAAUCAAUAUCCUCCUUGUUAUUUACAAUAUUUGUUGAAAUCUGCCUUGAUAGGUAAGAAUUUAACUUGAUGUAGAUUAUAGUUUACUAUUUAUAGAUUAUUAUCUUCAUACUAACGAAUAUGUAGGAGGGUUUUUUAAACUUGAUUUAUUCACGUGAAUUGUUUAAAAACUUUAAAAUCUGUAUUAAAUCAAUAUAAUGAAUAUUAGAUGCAUGCUAACUACUGAUUAGGGUCGAUUUUGAGUUCUUAAAGUUAUUUUGUGGUAUUAUAGUCUCUUUAUUCAACUUUGUGACCGGAUGAUAUUGUACUCGUAAAUUUUAUGUUCAAUCUUAAGAUUAGUUGUGGACAUGCUCCACUGAGGAGCACCAAAUUAAAAUAAAACGCACUUUCAAUGCCGUUUAGUUUUUACUUAUCACCCAUUGCAUAAUAAAAAUUACUUUCCAGUUGUAAAACUGUAGUGAUCAGGAAUAAUGGAAUUCGCAAUAACUAGGAGUAUUGUAUAUAUACCAGUAUCACAAUAAGGGAGAUUGCAGUGAGCACAUCUAGAAAUAUUGUAUUUGAAAAUCAACUGAACCGCAGAAUCGCUUACAAAAGAAAUCAUCGAUUAGUACAAAUACCACAAAAACAUCACGACAAAAUCAAUAAAGUAAAUUAAGUCUAUUAGGUCAGAAUAUUCAGAACGCCGAUCUAAUGAACGGUAUUACAGGUGUAGUCUAAUGAAUUGAGAGAUGAUAAAACUGUUAGAGAUAACUAGAAUAGUCUGUGGCUUUCAAAAGUAAUUGCAUUAUAUUGGUCAAUUAUUUCGUUAUCAAGUGCAAGAGAAAGAAGUAUACUUUCUAUAAAACAAUGUCUCACUAUUGUCAUGGGUUUUUAUUCAAAAAUUGUAUUUAUAUAAAAUAAUCAAUCGAUUGUUACUUUUAAUAUACAUUUUUGAAUAAUUUUGAUUUCAUUGGAAUUUAUGUGGUUCAGAACAAGUGAGCGAAUAAAAUGAUUGAUUACAUCUACACUUACUUUUCAUAUCGCUUAUUAAAUUCAUAUAACUUCAUGCAUUACGGUAUGUAGUCUUGGAGCAAAUAUUUGAUCUGAUUUUUAGUUAAAUGAAUUGUCAGAUCAAUCGGAAAACAUGAAAAUCGUACGUGACUAGACUCCAAAAACAUAAGUGUUGAAAUAUUUAAUUUUAAUUAUAUCUGUUACCUGUAAAAUGUUAAGUAAUUUACUAGAUGGGUAUUAUAAAUAGUAAACAGCUUUUGCGAUUCCAUUGAGCUAGUUUCAACUGGACUAGCAUCAGGUGAAUAACCAUUAAAAAUGAAUGAGAAUCCAAUAACUUUCUACUUAGUAGGAUGUUGUGUUGAGUUGGUUUAGACAGCUUUUAUAGUAUUGUGUCAUUAUGUGCAAAUUGCUGUAGUUAAAACUGUGAAUUAUCGGUUUCGGACUCUUUUAUUCAGUAGUGCCUUUUUCACUGAGAGAUGUGACGAUUUUUGUUUCUGUUUCAUGCAGGAUCGCGAGUAUUCUGUAUAAAUUAGUCUCAAACUGAGACGAAUCAAUUAUGGAGUGCUUCUUGGUUUUUGCCAUCUUUAAUUUGAUUUCAGUUCAUGAUGAAAAACAUAUUUGAAUUACAAGGUGUUACAUUAUUUAACCAUGCUAUCAGAAAUUAUCAGUAGUUUUCAAGUAUGAAAUAUAAGUUACAUAAUAGUUUUAAGAGUAAUAAAAAGUACUAGUUUAUAGAGAUGUAUGAGAAAAUUACCUACUUGACGAAUAUCAGGAAUAUGAGGAACAAAAUAAUUCCCCACUAAUAACUUGUAAAAUUAGAAGUGGUACUAAGACCAUGGUGCAAUAACAUAUUAAAUGUCUUCCGUGAACAUAAAGAUCGGGGUCGAAUCGGUGAACUGACAAUUCCUCAAAAAUUACAAAUUUCUGACCCAAACUCUUUAAUCGAGUUUUUGCAACUUUGUAGAUACUCUUGAAUGGUGGUUCCUUUCAGUUGAAAUAAUGUAACACCCUCCUAUUUUGUUAUAAUUUAUGUGUAAAAAUAAACCAUAAAUAUGACUGUAAAGUUCAAUUAAAUGAUAUUGUUGCAAAUAAAAUUUUAUAUACUGAAUCGCUUCUUUCUUUUGAUCUACGUUAAAUCGUAAAGCUUCUUAAAUUCAAAGGAAUUUAUAGUUUCUGUCUAUUUGUUACGUGAAAAUUCAACACUUCAAACAUAUGUGUUUUGUAACGUCAACCGAAUCAAAACAACACACAUACACGAACAACAUUUUCAAUUAAGCACUUCAUCAGGCUUUACUGUAAUCCUUACAUGGUUGUACUGAAAAUAUUGAACUAGUUAAGGUAACGUGUCGGUCUAUUGUAACAAUGAAAUAGUUUUACAUAACUUCAUUUAACCGGUUUAUUAAUAAAUAAAAAAUAAUAACAUGAAUAAGAAUGCUGACCUAAGAAGUAGGUCAAAGCUUGAAGAAAUAAACAUAUCAAAAUAAUCAAUUUUAACGAGACCAUCGUAGAAGAUUAAAAAUGGCUAAAUAGCUGUUACGUCUUAGCAUGAGACUCAGUAAUGUGCAUCCAAUGCCAUUCCAUAAGAGAUCGAACUCUAGAACGUUGGUCCUGCUUGCGAACGCUGAGCGCGCCACUAAAGAGUCACAUAAUUAGAUGAAAUAGUUCUCCAGUUCUUUUUUGUUUUCAAUGAUGAUCUAGCUAAUAUCAAUUCGUGAUUUAAAUAAUUAAAAACCACCAUCUUCAUAAACUGUCUAAUGCUAAAAAUACUGGUGAUUGAAAAUCACGUACCAAUAAAUGUAUGAAUAAUCAGUUUAAGUAUGUAGAUAAUUAUCAAUAAUUCACAAAUUACUUUAACUGGUCUUUAGUUUUUUCAUAUAUGCAUAUAGAAAUUAUUGUAUAUUAGGUGUAAAGCUGUAAAAAAAAUAUCCAAUGGGGAAAAAAAACUUUGUUCCCUUAUUUGUGUUGUUUAAAUAUUUUACACUAUGGGAAUUACAAAAAAAUCGUUUCCAAUCUAUUCAAUCAUUCAAAACUUUAACAAAUAAGAACAGUUAAUUGAAAACUUUUAACAUUGUCAUAUUUCUUUUUUACUGGUUUUUAUGUAUUCCCUUCCCUUCUUGUUUCUUUUUUCUCUCUUUAAAUAGACUUCUUAUUAACGAGGAGAACUCUAAUGAUGAUAUAAAGAAAAUGAUUUUGAAUCUUCUUAAUAAUCCUGACUUAAAAUUCAAUUAUUCAAAGGUAAUUAGAUAUUCUUUUUCUUCUAUGUCAUAUAUGUUAAAAUUGUUAUAAUGAUAUAUUAGUGUUGCUUUAUUCAGUGAGUCGAUUCUGUUGAUCCUAGACAUGAUAGCAACUAAUUUCGUUUUAGUAUACUCUCAUAAUUACUUAAAUUCGCGAAUAACUGAUAGACAUUCAUAGAUUUAUUUAAUAUUACUUAAACUGACUAUCUACUUGGUUUGUUGUUUUUCAGUUAUACAAAUUUCCUUGUUUGAUUCAAGUAAGACUCGAGGGUUUUUCUAGUCGACCAACUUCUUUCCUUAGUUGCUAAUGGUCCAUCUAUUUUAAGAAUUGUAAUAAACAUAAUUCCCAUCUUGAUUUGCUCGGAGUUGGCUGCUGACUGUGUUCACAAUGUGUAAAAUCGUUCUCAGUACCCAUAGAUACAAUCCACUAUCAUCAAACCCCCUAAAUGUAACUGUUUGAUAUUUUCGACUGACAAUUUAAUAUUUCUCUUCAUCUAGUUAGAUAUCAGAGUAAUAAAGUCCCAAUUCUUAUUCUUAUCUUGUAUACAAUUGGCUUCACUGAUCCUAUUGCAGUCACAAACUCAACAUUACUGACGGUUUGUCAGAUAAAAGUACCAUGCAAACCGGCUGUUUUUAAUGUUUUCAGUGCCUAUUUCAACUAAUAUAGAUUUUUUUUACGAAAACUAUCUCCGAAUUAAUCAUAUCCUUUGGAAAAGAAACAUUAAGUAUUGUUAUUUUUCUUCCAGUUAUUAUCUCGUUUACCAUCAACAUGGGACAUUUUAGAAAUCAAACCAUUCCUACAUAAUGCACUUAGAUCUACUCUUCAUGAAUGGUCAGAACUUGAGUUAGAAUAUGGUUUAACUAAAUAUAAUGCGAAAUUAUCUGUUGUCGAUCUCCCUAAAAAUUCAAAUUGUUUAUUAAUUGAAGAUGAUACUUUGUGCUCUAUAUGCCAUCAAUCAAUUUAUGUAUAUGGUCUAUCCGAUAGCUUUGCUUGGCUUAUUCCUAAAAAUCAAGUUGUUCACACUCAUUGUUUAUCAUCUAAUCAGUGAUAACAAUCUUUGCUUAUGCAAUUCCUUUUUCCUCUUAUUUUGUACUUCCGUUGUUUGCCUAGUGCUUUCUUAUUUAUUGAUUUUGUUUUUUCUUCUAUACUGUUGAUGAUUAAAGUGAUUCAAAGCGACAAACUGUUCUGCACUGUAUUUAGUUAACUUUCUUUUCCUUUGUUUGAUGUACAUACUUACCUGUUUUCUAUGAGCGAUUACAUUUUAUUGUAUUGAUAUAUACAUUAUAUUAACAACUUUAUAUUUUAAAAGAAUAUCCACUGGUGUCAUACUUUUUUAACAGUUUAUUGGCCGUCUGAAUUCAGCAGCAUAAUGAAUGACCAGUUGACAUUUAGAGCGAUCAUUUUCUAAGUUUGAGUUUUAAUGUGAACACUAAGAUACCAGGAAGUUUAGUUGACGAAUCGUAAAUAAGAUAAAAACCUUCACCCUUGAUUGUGUUGCAAAGUAUGAUCCAAAGACAAAGAAAUUUAUAGAUAAAAGCAAUUUGAUUUAUUUAUAUAUUUCAACACACUAACAUUGGUACAAGGGGGCACCAAAUUCAUAUGCGCCACACAAUAACAAUCAGGCUGUGAAGAGGUACAGAAUGUGACAUGCGUAUGAUAAAGAGAGGAAAAACAACGAACAAAAAUUAGUGUAUGAGGGUGAAAUAAUAAUAAUAAUGGGAGAGGCAGUUCAGUUAGAAAAGGUACAACCAGAAAGAAUCCUUUCAAUUAAAGCAGUUACGUCCAUUUUUUUAUGAGGUAAAAGAAAUUUACAGUAGGAUGGCCACUGGCUUCUAUUCUGAACGAUAUAUGAUAAUUUCUUAAGCCACUGUAUUGCGCUAUCUUUCGGACCCCAGCCAGGAAGUCGUGAAGGUCCAACAGAAGCCAGUGCUGUUCAGCUUUCUUUCAAACCUCGACACUAUGUCCUACACAGAUUUCCUCUUUCUUCAACUAGUCCCAGCGUCGGCAAUUAAUGCACGACGCAGAAUUCUGUGGGACAACAUUCGAAGAACAUGUCUAAUCCACCGAAGUCGGUGUUUCAAGAUGGUGACACUAAUUGUAUUAUCGUCGCCGUGCCCGUACACACUAUGCCGAACCUCCGUAUUACUAACACGCUGUUGCGACUGUAUAAUAGCAAUCCUUCGGAGACAUCCAUGAAUAAAUACAGAGAGACGUCUAACAUCCUCAACUCGGAGAGGCCAGGUUUCACAAGCGUAGAGCAAAUCUGCUCUCACUGACGCGUUGUAGAUCCGAUCUUUUACAACCAGACUAACAUCACGAAGGCGCCAAAGGUCGCUCAGCUUGGCAUAAGCCAAUCUGGCUUUCACCCACGCCACCACCACUUAUGCAGAUACACGAGCUUCUCGACUACUUAUAUUUGCUCACUACGUAGAGUGAGUUCGGGAUUAGAGUCCUCCCAGUCUUGUAAGAGUACUUUGCACUUCGAAGGUGCAAAGCACAUACCGUACCUACGGAGACCUAUUGCCAACUGAUUAAGUAAGGAUUGCAUGGCUUGGGCAUUAUCGCAUAGUAAGACAAUAUCAUCCGCAAUGCUCAAGGUCGAAAAGUCUUUCUCCAGGCAACAGAUCUACACCGCCAUUACUUACAUCUAUCAGAGAUGUUUCCAGAAUGACAUCUAUGGCAAAGUUGAAGAGGAGUGAUGAGAUUGAGGAACCCUGUCUAGCCACACUGCUUGAAUGGAACAAUGGAGGAAGGUGGUUGCAUGCCCUUACUCUGUCUGAGGUAUUUGUAUAUAGGGACUUUAGGAUGUUACUAAACUUCUCAGACACACCUUUCUUCAAAAGACAAUCCCAGAGGACAGUCCUGUCCAACGAAUCGAAGGCGGCCCUGAUAUCAAGAAACACUACGCUUGUUGGCCGGUGAUAAGUAUGACGGUGUUCUAACAUUUGGCGGAGGGUGAACAUAUGAUCAAUACAUACUCGACCGGAAUGAAAAACAGCCUGAUCCUUCCGAGUCAAUCUUUCUCCGGUUUUAAACAAUCUACGAAGUAUGACAGAAGCCAAUCGGAAGUAGACUUACCCCCCGAUAGUUGUUACAGGAACGACGUGAACCAUUUUUAAAGAUGGGGACAACUAUCGACUCAUUCCAUGACGUUGGAACACUCUCUAGCUCCUAGACCUUUGUAAACAACUCAGUCAAUUCUUUAGUAAGUCAUUCACCACCAUCCUUAAAAAGAGCAGGAGGUAGGUCAUCUGGGUCUGAUCUGUAGUGCUUCAAGAUUCGGAGUUCCUUGUGGACAUCCUCCUCCUCAGGUGGGCGAGGCGUCACAUGCCAUGGAGGGCAGGACAAUCGGAUUGAUAUCUACGGGGCAGCAGACUAAUUGAACUGCUCCUCGAGAAACUCGUCCAAGACAUCAAUAGAUGUUAGUGAUUGGCAUUCCGUCAUCUUCACAGAUUGUUUCACUCACACCAGAUGUCUCGCUUCUAAUGACUUAGACCAGUUGAAAGAGCUUCUGGAAAUUGACAGAUGCAGCUACUGUUUUCAACUCAUUGGCACGCUCCCACCACCAGACUUUUCGGUCCUUACUCAAACUUUGUCCAAGUUCAUUACGUAACAGUCGUCGUUUGUGGUCGAACUCACGGUCACCGGAAGUAGACCGAUGUGCUUUAUUGAGUUGUAAGGAGCUAGAAGAAACCCAGUGCUUAUAAGCAGGACGUUUCGCGAAGCCAUAAGCGACUUUACCAUUUUCAUGGCGUCAUGCGAUUGCGACCACUGCUAAUCUAUACUUUUCGGUAGGAUGGUAGCUAGCCUUGAACCUAGCUCGGUUUGAUACUUAGUUGCAACAGAAGCUGUAACUAAUUUGUUGACAUCGAUCCGUUUAGGACGAUGAAUUUGUUGACCGUUGGAACUUAGGGUAAGAUUAGAGCAAACAAUGGCAUGACCAAAGUCAUGAUAAACACUCUAAAAGAAGCACCUCUAAACUGAUUGUCUACUUGUUAUAUCCGGAUAAGAACACUGAAUGAUAACUUUUGGUAUCCAUUUAGGGACAAAUAUUAUGCGUAUAUUUUUAUCGUAUAAUUGUUAAAUAACUAACCUAUUCAUAUUCAUGUCCCUCUUAUUAUGUGCUUUAUUUUGACUUAUGAACUACUAUCAUGCGAUUUACCAUUCUUGAGUUAUGUCCUGUCUAUCAAUUAUUAUCUCCCUUAUUCAAAGCCACAUUUGGCUAAAUCUUGUACAAAUACUGUUUCCCAUUUUAUGGUACGAUGUGCUCUGUCUGGUUGGUAUAUAAACACUGUACCUUUGAAAUAAAUGAUUCAUACUGCAGAGGCUGAGAUUAGUUUUCUGGACUCAAUAAAUGAAAUGAUGAUUCCUACUUAACUGGCAGGGCUAGGCGGGAAGCAAGGACUCUAGACUGCUCGUACGGGUUGGUUCGAUCGAUAAUUCACUGCUCUCUAAUUGGCAGUAUUAUCACGUUAUACAUUAAUAGAGCACACAGGCUACAAGUUAUAACACUACUUACUUAUUUCUGUUUUGUAAGUAGACCUAAUUAAGUGUAAACUGAACUCCCAUGAUGGACUAAACUGCCAAAUCG